UUGACAGCAGCUUGACAUUGCCUUGAAAGGUGCUGGAAGCUCUACAAGCAUUUGCCAAGGGGGGUGGGGGAGAGGAAAGCGUGUCAAACAAUACUGCAGUCACAGCCUGUUCUCCUGCUUGGAAAGGCUGCUGCAACUUGGAGAUUUCCAUCAGGCUUAGCUGCCAUCCAACUUUGCAACUGGGGAUUGUGCAGAGAAAGGACUCAGAGUCACAGGAGGGAGCCCCCCACUGCAGCUGGAGCAUCGCAAGCUGCUUGCUUUUCUUUUUUUCUUUUUCAUGAAUUCCCAUGUCAAGGAACAAAAGGGCAAAUACACUGCCUGAACGGGAUGAUGGCUGCACUCCACCAAUGUGGUACAAGUUGGAGUAUCACUGGGAAUGAAGUGCCUGCCUCACAUUUGCUGCAUCUGCCAGAGAGUCAGGGUUUAAGUUGCCACUGCUCCUUAACCAGCUGCCCCUUUUAAUCAUUACCUUUACAACUUUUGCCCCACAUUGCCUGGUGGUUGGUCAGUCUGGCAGAUCUGAUGCUGGAUUUUUAAGAACAGCUAAAGAUCUUUUAGCCUCAGGCGUUCUCUCAUUUUCAAACAAGAGCAGAGCUUGAGAAUCUGGUUUCUCAAACAUCUAUUCUUAUUUUUUAAAGACGGUGCAACAUUUUGGGAUCCUCGCAGAGUGGUGUCAAUUGGACUUAUUUUCCUUUUAAGUGGAGGAGCACAGAGUGCUUUGUAACCCUGCUCUGUUGUGGGAGACAGCCUGAAAGUGAGCUGGCUGUAAAGUGAUUCCAGUGCAGCCAGGGGAGAGAGAGAAAGGAGCUGGUAUUGCAAUUAGCUGAAUGCUUUGAUAGAUAAUAGCGGACAUGCUUUGUGGACUGAAAAAGGAUUUACAGUCAGAUUUUGAUGAUGGUCCUUACUCAAAGGGCAGCAAGGACUCGAGUGGAAUGGAAGCAGCCUUGGUCUCCAGAAGGCAAAGCAUUCCAGAGGAAUUCAGAGGCGUUACCAUUGUGGAGCUGAUUAAGAAGGAAGGAAGCACCCUCGGGUUAACCAUAUCAGGGGGCACGGACAAAGAUGGAAAGCCAAGAGUCUCCAAUCUGAGGCCAGGAGGAUUGGCAGCAAGAAGCGACCAGCUAAACGUUGGAGACUAUAUCAAGUCAGUGAAUGGUAUCAACCUGACUAAACUGAGACAUGAUGAGAUUAUAAGCCUGCUUAAAAAUGUCGGGGAAAGGGUGGUGCUAGAAGUGGAGUAUGAACUACCCCCAGCUGCGCCAGAAAGCAGCUCUGGCAUUAUUCCAAAGACUAUAGAGGUGUCUCUGUACAAGGAAGGCAACAGUUUUGGCUUUGUUCUAAGAGGGGGAGCCCAUGAAGACUGGCACAAAUCCAGGCCAUUGGUACUCACGUAUGUGAGGCCAGGUGGCCCAGCAGACAGGGAAGGGUCCUUGAAAAUCGGGGACAGGUUGCUGAGUGUCGAUGGGAUUCCCCUUCAUAGCGUGACUCACGCUGACGCGCUGAAUAUCCUGCGUCAGUGCAGCCAGGAGGCGCUCUUCCAGAUUGAGUACGAUGUCACCAUCAUGGAUACUGUAGCUAAUGCUUCUGGUCCUUUGCUAGUGGAAAUAGCCAAGACUCCAGGGUCUACACUGGGGAUCACUCUGACAACAAGCACACAUCGAAAUAAGCAGGUCAUAGUCAUUGACAAGAUCAAGCCAGCCAGUGUGGUGGACAGAUGUGGAGCCCUGCAUGUUGGUGACCACAUCCUCUCCAUCGAUGGCACCAGCACAGAGCACUGUUCCUUAUUAGAGGCAACUCAGCUCUUAGCUGCCACUUCAGAAAAUGUCAAGUUAGAGAUACUGCCUGUUCACCAGAGCAGACUUCCCCUGAAGCCUCCAGAAACAGUCAAGGUGCAGAAGAGCGACCAUCACCACUGCUGGGAUCCCUGUGUCAACUACUGCCACACACAUCACCCAGGACACUGCAAGACGCCCACCUGGAACCAGACCUCCAGCCAGGAUUAUUGCAAAUCUCUGGUGGCUGCCAACUUUUCAUCCCCGACCAUGAAUGCACAAGGCUUCCCCUGCCAGAAUUCGAAUACUCUACCUCGGAGCUCCCACCCCAUGAGCCCACGGGCCACCAUGAUGAGGAGGAGACAGAAGAAGAAGGAGCACAAGAGUUCACUGUCGCUGGCCUCCAGCACAGUGGGUCCCGGUGGGCAGAUCGUUCAUACAGAGACAACUGAAGUGGUCCUAAGGGGAGACCCAUUGAAUGGCUUUGGACUUCAGCUCCAGGGAGGGAUCUUUGCUACGGAAACCCUGUCUUCCCCACCUCUUGUCCGCUUUAUUGAGCCUGACAGCCCAGCAGAGAGAUGUGGGCUGUUACAAGUAGGAGAUAGAGUACUUUCCAUCAAUGGCAUCGCAACUGAAGAUGGGACUAUGGAGGAAGCCAAUCAGCUCUUGCGUGAUGCAGCUCUUACUAAUAAAGUUGUGCUGGAAAUAGAAUUCGAUGUGGCAGAGUCCGUCAUACCUAGCAGUGGUACCUUCCAUGUUAAACUGCCCAAGAAAAGAGGUGUGGAGCUUGGAAUUACGAUCAGCUCUGCAAGUAGAAAGCCUGGUGAACCUUUAAUUAUCUCUGAUAUCAAGAAGGGGAGUGUAGCACACAGAACUGGAACCUUGGAGCCAGGGGAUAAGCUGUUAGCCAUCGAUAACAUCCGACUUGACAACUGCUCAAUGGAGGAUGCCGUGCAGAUCUUGAAGCAGUGUGAAGACCUGGUCAAAUUGAAGAUUAGGAAAGAUGAAGAUAACUCUGAUGAACAGGAGACAACAGGUGCUAUUAUCUACACAGUAGAACUGAAGAGGUACGGUGGCCCCUUGGGAAUCACUAUCUCUGGAACGGAGGAACCUUUUGAUCCAAUCGUUAUUUCAGGCCUGACCAAACGAGGGCUGGCUGAAAGGACUGGAGCCAUCCAUGUAGGUGACCGGAUAUUAGCUAUUAAUAAUGUUAGCCUCAAGGGCAAGCCAUUGAGUGAAGCCAUCCAUCUACUCCAAAUGGCUGGAGAAACUGUAACACUGAAGAUCAAGAAACAAACUGAAAAGUCCUAUCCCAAGAAGUCAGGGAGCAUCAAUGAAGUGAGUGACCCGGAAGAUGAACUGACCGACUCUCAGAAAACUAGCAAACUCUCUGAGAUUUACUCCACCACAAUCCCUAGUGUGGACAGUGCUAUGGAAUCCUGGGACGGCUCAGGCAUCGAUGCCGGGUAUGGAAGCCAAGGUACGUACAUACCUCAAGCAGCUGGCAUUGCCCUACAUCCACAUGAGUGGAGACAUAGCAGGCAGAAGAACAGCACCCCUCCUGGGGAUCCCAGGAAGAAUUAUCCCUAUCUGGAUGGGAGCUUCAGUGAAGAUGACUGGGACAAACCUAGCAGAUAUCCCAACCGCCAAAACGGCCUUGAGACCACACACGAGGAUAGUUUUUGGCGUGUUUUUGGAGAAGCUUUGGAGGACUUGGAAACAUGCGGCCAGUCUGAACUUUUGAGGGAGAUUGAGGCAUCCAUCAUGACAGGGAGUGUGCACAGCCUGGGCUUGGAAGGAAGCAAAUUGCUCAUGGACUCUGUUAGCCAGUCAGGAUUGAGCCCAUUGAGGAAAGGAUCUUCCAGCUAUGAUGAAGGACAAAGUGAUGGCAACAUCACUCCCACCAAGAAAAAUGAGAGGAAUCUGGAGGUGAAGAAGAUUGAGAAGGAGAUGCAGGAAAUCAUGUCUCCCACCCCCCUCGAAUUCCACAAGAUGACACUCCACAAGGACCCUGAGAGUGAAGACUUUGGAUUCAGUGUGUCCGAUGGUCUCUUGGAGAAAGGUGUCUAUGUAAAUAUGGUCCGUCCAAAUGGGCCAGCUGAUCAGUGUGGCCUCAAACCUUAUGACAGAGUCCUUCAGAGCUCCAGCGUACCGCUGCCCUCCUCUUCUGGUCCCUGCGCACCUGGCUCUUUCCUGAUGAACGAACAGAAUGACUUAAAGCAGGUAAAUCGUAUCCGAACGAGAGACUUUGACUGCUGUCUGGCUGUCCCUCUGAUCUCUGAGGCAGGAGAGAAACUGGACCUGGUCAUUAGCCGAAAUCCUCUGGCACUUGCUGCCAAUGCUCAACUAGGAGAGAGUGGGGAAUUGCCAGUCCAACAGACCUUGGGCAUGGAGGCCAAGAUGAGCAGACAGACACUCUGAGGAGGGAGGAUGCGAAUGGGAGGUACCUUCAGGCCCUGGCAGGGCAGAGAAACUGUUGGGUAUCCAUUGUGUUUUUCCUGUUUUGCACUGGUAUUUGUAAUGUAAUAUGACUUGCAAAAGUGGGGUGCGUCUAAAACUCUUAAUUCAGAGACCACCAAGCAGUAUGAGCUACGUGGGAUGAGCAGCUUAGGCUUUGGGUAAUGCAGAUGGUCAAAUGGGCUGCCGGUAGCAGAAAACAAUAUCCAAGGUUGCUUACUAUUGACAGGGCGGCCUUCAGUCAUCCCUCCACUGAGGUGAGCUUUCACCCUGCACGGGGUCAUGGAGAGCGGGUCAGCCCCUAGGCCCUCUGCCACCCUCAUCCUGAAGGGCUUGGCCAUCCUUUUAAAUGUGCUCGGUGCUAUUUUUUUUUCUUGUUUGCCCUGUUAAUCAUGUACAGCAAGAUCAACAUGACCUGUAUGCUCCAGUAAUGGAAACUGCUUCGUUUUAAACCAUGAUUGCUAAACUGGCUUUGAAAUUCCCUUCACUCACUAACACUUGGGCAGUGUUGAUGUCCAUGGAAAACAUCUCAGACUUUUUUGCCAGUGGGUAGCUGCCAUUUUUAUGCAUUUAAUUUGAAGCCAAAUCUCUUCUGAGAAUGGUUUGGUGUCUUUAUCUCACAUUUGGAUAUCUCCCCCCAUCACGACUCCACCGCACUACACUUACCCCCUUUGGAAAAACAAUGAAGCACUUUGCCCACUUGGCAACUCCAAGACAUGAUUGAUUUAUUUGUCUGCAUAUAACUGUACAGAACUUUUAGAGGAACGUGGCAUCCAGGACAAAAAGCCAGUGUGUGAUUGUCCAAAGUCACUGGCCCUCUUGUUCACAUAGGCCAUCCGGAGAUGUCUCUCAUUUAAAAAAAACCAGACUGUUCAGGCUAGUAAACAGCUGAACACCAUUCAUCUUGAUCCAAAUUCCAGGGGUUUUUUUUCCUCCUGUUUUCAGUAAAUAGAACCUUGUAGUCUCUUGGCAAACACUGGCAUGAGAAGCCCUCUGCUAGAUUGAUGUUGUCUCUUCUGUUUUUAUAAGCCUGUCCUGUAUGGGGUCAUCCUAGUGCAAAUUCAAAUGUGUACCUUUUAUUUUUAAUGCUGAUGAUGGGUUUUAGACUCUUCCUGUUGUCUGCUGUAGCUGCCCUCUGGUUGCCUCUCGUUAAUCUCUGUGACUUGUAAGCCGGAUGCCUUUUCGGUCCCUACCCUCUCACACUGCAUUGCCUCACCUUUUAUAGAAGAUACGGGCAUGAUGUUUGCAUUGGUUUAAUGAUCCUCUGCAGCAAACUAAUGAGAAUGCAACCCAGGCCAUGAUCUCAUCCCUUCUCAUGUCCAUGAGCUAGAUAGCCAUUACCUGUGCAUUUUUACACAUGGCAAAAGUGAGCGCCUGCUCCAUGUGUCACAUGUUAGCACUUUAUUCUGAUUUUUAUUUGUUAACUGAUGUCAGAAGGGCCUGAUUUAGGGGAGGGUUUUUUUGGGAGGAGGGGGUGUUAUUUAAAGAUCUCUACUUAGCAGAAUUGGUCUAUUCCUUAUUUAUUUUUUUUAUUCUUCUUCUUCUUGUGUAUUAUUAUGGAUGCCACAUUGAUGUAGGUUUGAAAUGUUCAUUGUCUCGCCAGGACUGAUUGCUUUAUCUGUACUCUAGCCUGUUCCCUUCCAACAGCCCGAAGUGUCAGGGUGUUUCUUCAAGACACACAUCCAGUCCCAUCCAGCUAAGUGUAGUUGUAGCCAUUCUCUUCAAGUAUGCAAUAUCCCAUGCCAUUGCUGCCAUAACUAGAUAAUGUGCCAUAACCAAUACUGCGGAGCAUUGACAGUGCAGCCGAAAGUGUUUUUUUAUAUGCAAUAUUCUAAACAGCAGAAGCUCGCUGUGGCUUCUCAUAGGUUUUUAAUGAAAACUUUUAUUAAAGGCUUUAAAGAAACUCGGUCCUUGUAUCCCUUCCUAUGCAUUUUGAAUGAUACUAAAAUGAAAUGCAUUACUUAAAUGUGUAUUUUUAUCCAUAUAUUAGAAUGUAUUCCUUGUAAAGUAUUUUUAUAUGCUAAUUUUCUUAUGUAUCGAUGAAAGCACAAUAUUUAAGGGUACAGCAUUUCAAAGAAUAUUUUAGUCCAGUUUUGGACCUAUUUGUAAAUCUCUGUAUUUAAAUGGGAUUGCGAUGACUUUGAUUUUUUUUUUUAAUUAAAUAAAAACAAAUGAAAUGCA